GCGUUACGUCAUCACCCAUCGACAGGAAGCCGCUUGUAAACGUUGACUGUUAAACCAUUGCCGCGAACCCAAUCGGCAAACAAAACAUCGAUAUGGGCUGUGAAAUAUUGUUUUGUUAUUGUUUUGUAAUACAUGUCUUCAUUUAGUUAGAUUUAAAAGUCAUUUUACCGCCGAGAUUUACUUAAUUCAGCCUUCGGCACCUGGUAUGUAGUCGGGGUUGACAGCAACAGAAAAAUAAAAGGAUUUUUUUUUUUUCAAUUUACCACUGUUGGAAUCAUGACCACAUUAACAAGACAAGAUCUCAAUUUCGGACAAGUGGUUGCUGACAUUUUGUGCGAGUUCCUGGAAGUUGCCAUUCAUCUAAUCCUUUACGUCCGUGAGGUUUAUCCCUCUGGAAUAUUUCAGAAGAGAAAGAAGUACAAUGUACCUGUGCAGAUGUCUUGUCACCCUGAACUGAACCAAUAUAUCCAAGAUACACUUCAUUGUAUAAAACCACUUAUUGAAAAGAAUGAUGCUGAGAAGGUGGUUGUCGUCAUCAUGGACAAGGAGCAUCAUCCAGUUGAGAGAUUUGUGUUUGAAAUAUCACAACCACCGUUGCUCUCGAUCAGCUCAGACACUUUACUCUCUCACGUGGAGCAGCUGCUGAGGGCAUUCAUUCUUAAGAUCAGCGUGUGUGACGCUGUUUUAAACAAUAACCCGCCAGACUGUUCAUUCACAGUUUUAGUUCAUACGAGAAGUUCUGCCACACGCAACAUGGAGAAGGUUCAAGUCAUCAAGGAUUUCCCAUGGAUUGUUGCUGAUGAGCAGGAGGUCCACAUGCAAGAGCCCAGACUCAUCCCACUGAAGACGUUGACGUCCGACAUAGUGAAGAUGCAGCUGUAUGUGGAGGAGCGAGACCAGAAGAUCUAGCAGGAAUGAGCGACACACACGAGAAGAAUGAAACAAUCCACAAAGAAGUACAGACUGUUUAUCAUAUCUUUAAAUCCCCAAUAAGCUUGGACAUGAACUACAUCACAUUUGCAACAAUCGCAACACGUUGUUUUUUAAAAAGUCAUUUUAGCUUCAAAUUCUGCAAUCUCUUUUUUUUUAGAUUUCUAAUUCAACAGUCACACAAAUUCACACGCAAUAGAUGAACCUUUACAGUCUUGACAGUUGGAAAAUCAGGAGCAAAAUUUUUCUGUCAAUUAAUCAAUGGAAUUGUCAGAUGUAUUCAUUUGUUAUUGAAUUGCUUUGUGAUUGUCCCUUUUUUUUAUAUAGAAAAAGAGAAAAAUAGAAAUGUGCGAGAUUA